CGGACAGCGUGAAAGGGCGGGAAAAUAUUCGUGACCCGCGAUCUUCACAUGUUUAUUUUGGUGAUGUGAUUCAAAGCAAAUGGAUUUAAACAAUCAUGCACUCAGGCGGGAUCAUUUUACGUAAGUGAGCCGAGCUCAAACAUAUUCUCCGGGCCAAAGCUAUGAAUACUUAUUGAAGAAAAAUGGCUUAUGAAGAAAAUAACACAUCAAAUAUUACGCAGGCUUUGACGAAUUUGUUCGAGGAAGUGUUGUUCGCGACUGAGAGCCCUGGUGGGAAUAAAAGUUUAAAUGUCUCCCAAUUUUUAUCAGCACUGAAGGAACGUUCCACGAGGCAUAAUCAGGAGAUAGAUUUUGGAACAUUGGUGAAAUUGGUAGACGGAUGGCGGACGAAAUUAAACCUGACAAAGAACUCUGAGCCAUUGUGUAAUUAUUGCGAUGGUAAUUUCAGAGAUAUUGUCCUCGCCUACAAUAGCAUACACGGAUACAUAAGCCUUAUUGUAUGCGUUUUCGGUUCAUUAGCAAAUGCGCUGAAUGUGGCUGUGCUGACAAGACGUGACCUCGCUGCGGCUCCAAUCAACAGACUGCUCAAGUGGCUCGCCGUAGCUGAUGUGUUUGUUAUGAUGGAGUAUGUCCCCUUUGCAAUUUAUAGAUAUUUGAUAUUACCUGGACAACGUGAGAUGCCAUACAAGUGGGCAGCAUAUCUCCUAUUCCACAUGCACUUCGCGCAGAUCUUCCACACAGCAUCCAUAUGUCUCACACUAUCGUUGGCUGUUUGGCGAUAUAUAGCUAUAAAAUAUUCAGAUAGAAGUCAUAUAUUGUGUACAGAGCGGCGUUGCAGUACAGCGAUUUUGAGCAGCUUUAUACUACCACCUAUCCUCUGUAUUCCCACCUAUAUGGUAUUUGAUAUACACACAGCUGUGGUGUUGGAGCCAAACGGACCAAUGAUUUUAUACCACGUCGAUUCAGAUGAAGAAGGACAAUUAUUUAAGUUAAAUUUCUGGGUACACGCCGUUCUAAUAAAGUUACUACCUUGUUGUAUCCUGACAGUUAUCAGUCUCUGGCUAAUCAAGGAAGUUUAUAGCGCAAACGAGCAUCAAAAGAGAAUUCGAGUGAACAAUGCCUGUGCAAAUGACAAAGCAAAGAAGCGGCAAUGUAAAGGGGAUAAGAGAACGAACAGAACUACAAAAAUGCUCCUCGCCGUUUUGCUUUUGUUCCUCGUCACAGAAUUACCCCAAGGUAUCUUGGGCCUUAUGAGUGGAGCUUUAGGGCGAUGUUUCUUUAAACGUUGCUACGAUCUAUUUGGCGAAUUGAUGGACGCAUUGGCGUUGUUGAAUGGGGCCAUUAACUUCGUGUUAUAUUGCUCUAUGUCGAGGCAGUUCCGGAUGACGUUUCGUCAGCUCAUGUGGCGCGCUCAACUGCAUAGGUGGCCUCCACCGUUACCCUCGCACUCUGAUGGCUUACACACGGCCAAAACUUCAGUGCCAUGAGAGAAGUUCGUACAAGAGAAACACAAAUACGUCAUGCAACAGUUUGUGUGACGCACACGGCGGUUGUUUAUACAUCCUAUUUUUAGACUAAUUACUUCUAAAUUAUAAACACGUAGUUCGUUGUUACCAAAGACUUUUUAAUUUUUUCUCAUCAAAAUAAGAUUAUAAUAUAAGCUUUUCCUAGAACAAGGUUCCUAGAUUGCGGUUCAAUUAUUUCCUGACAACCCACAAGGCUUGCUAACUGAGGGUAGAUUUAGAUGUUAAGUGUGCGUUUACACGCGAACACACACUAUGACUCUGGUAUGUUAAAAUCGGAUACAUUUUCGACGUAUGUAAGUCAGAAUUAGCGGUAAGUCUCAACUCAGAAUCUGACGAAAUCAACUUAAAUCUAAAUCUGCAAGAAAUUAUUAUUAUGAACCUAAGUUAUCAACUGAGAUAAGGUUGUUCGUUUUGAAUAUUGGAAUCGUUUCAUAGCUUCUAUCCAUAAUGUCAUUGUACACAAUUUUGAAGAGGAGAGUAGAAUGUCAAACCAAUAUUGGAAGUUUCGAUUAUGUUUAUUAUCAAAAUACAGCAAUGAUAAAUUUAUGAAAAGCAUUUAACAGUUGGUGAGUUAGGACUUUCUAUAUUUAAGAGCUUAGUGACUAUACGCAUGCUGAUGGGAAUGGGAUCGGAUGUUCCAUCUCAUUUCUAGCAAAUGCCAUCAAAAUAUAACUUUAAAAAAACCAAGUGUUGCAGUUCUUCCACCGUAAAAAGUUGUGGGUUCUAUGUAAUACCAAGUCAGUUAAUUUAUUCAGUCCCUAAAAGGACUUAAGAGACCUUCUGCCUAAUAACAUCUUAUAAUGGUCAUGUCAAUAUUACAUAUGUUUUAGGUUUUAAAUAAGUACAUUGACUUUGUCCAUCGCAUAGAAACACGUUGUAUCUCAGAAGUAAUACAUAUUAUAUUAAAUUUGAUUGUUUAGUAUCAGUUAAUUUUAUCCACAACACACAACACAAGUUACAGGGGGUCGAAAAUUACCUUACUGCUUCGACAAAAGUAUGGUAGGGCCGCGCCACUGUUUUCCUCGAAUUGGCGGCAAUAAUUUGCUUUUUAAAAUAAAGGGCCAGAUUAGAGGUUUGGAGGCCCCGAAUCAUUAUCCAAGUAAAAGAAAAAGAAAUCAAUACAGUUUGUCAAUCAAUAAUUUAUUGUGAAACCUAGUAGAUCAUUUAAUAUUUAACAAACAUAAAAAUAUAUCAAUAGACUUGUUCUCUUUUAAUUUUUUGCCUCGGGGCAGUACCUCGGUUCCCCUCCCCUAAAUUCGGCCCUGUUAAAGAAUAGAAUUAUAUAUAUUAUAAUUAAAAUAUAUAAUUUUGUUUAAUAACAACUGUACACAUUGCUGGAUAGACACAUGGACCACCAUCUUUUCGAUUCUUAUUAGCAAAAAGUCAUAUACCGACGUUGAUGUGUGUAAUUUCGAUAUACAUCUUUCAAUAGCCGUCGCUGAUGGAAUCACGCGGCAGAAAAUCGAGAUCGCUGGAAGACUGUAAUCGCUAUAGCUAUCGGGAGUUACAGUUCACUGCAGCUUUUUAUCGCCACAAUCUUAUUUUAAGGAGAUUAAAAUCAUUUAAAAUAAAAAGGUGAAAUUGACUUCUAUAUAUUUGUAAGAUUGUAUUAAAUUUAAAAAAUAAACGUUUUUGGGAAAAAUUUCAUUUCGUUAUUUUUCUAUAAGUAUACUUAAUAUUAGACAUAUAUUUCACUUGUAUAUAAAGGUGAUCUAUUUGUGUCCAUGUUAUUGAAAUAAGUAUGUAAGGUAUUUGUUAAACUAGCUUAGUUCAUAAGGAAUAUGUAUGAUAUUUGUUUCUCUUGUACGCGAUUCUUUACUAGUAAAGCACAAAAAUGCUCAUAGUAGUAAUUACAUUGAAUGUAAAUUCUACAUAAAUUGUUAAUAAAUGU